UUACCGGUGCGCGACUUAAGUGACUUUACCGUUGGGCCCGUGCGCACUACCAGCGGAUCUGCCAAACCUACGGGCAGUUCAGUUUCUUUCCGAGGUCGCAACCGUCUCUAGCGUUGAAUUGAUUAUUAUAACUGUUCCGGCGCCCGGUUCUCUAAACCUCCUCUUACUGAGAUUUCCCCCCUUGACUCUGGAGUGGAGGACCCUGAAGGCUCUCUCUCGAGUUUUGUCAACCCGCCCUGAAGCUGCCUCCGGAAUGAAGAAGAUUUUCAGCUUCGGCCAAAAGAAAAGGCAGAAUCCAUCUAACUCCUUUGCCGCCCCGCGGAGGGACUGUGGGGUCCGAGCGUCCGGCCGCAAUGCGGGCUAUCUCAUCCGGGACAAAGACCUCGGGAAACUCCACAAAGCUGCCUCGAUCGGGGACGUGGCGAAGGUGCAGCACCUGCUGCUGCUCAGGAAGCAGGACAUGAACGAUCUGGAUAAAGUAAAGCGCACACCUCUACAUCUGGCCUGCGCCAAUGGAUAUCCAGAUGUCGUGUCUCUCUUAGUAGAGAGAAAAUGUAAACUAAACUUGUGUGACAACGACAGUCGAACACCUUUAAUUAAGGCGGUAGAGUGUCAGCAGGAAGAGUGUGCGACAAUCCUGCUGGAACAUGGCGCCGACGCUAAUCUUGUAGACGCCAACAAUAACACUGCUCUGCACUACGCUGCCUCGGGUCUGAACAAAGACAUAGCCGCAAAGCUACUUAAACAUAAAACCAAUAUUGAAGCAAAAAACAAAGAAGGCUAUACCCCACUUUUACUUGCAAUUACAGAAAACAACCAUGAUAUGGUAGACUUUUUCUUAAAGAAUGGUGCAAAUGUGAAUGCCUCAGAUAAGUCUAAAAGAACAGCCCUCAUGAUUGCUGUCAGUAGUGAACCAACAGGUAUAGUCAGUCUUCUUCUUAGAUAUGAUGUUGAUCUCUCUUGCCAAGAUAUAUAUGGAUGCACAGCUGAGGAGUAUGCUAUUGUAAGCGGUUAUCCUAUCUAUCACCAGCUAAUCAAUCAAUAUGAAAUACGGAAGAAACAUAAUCAGCGCCUUUCACCCCAAAUCAACUCUUCAGAGAGGGUUUCUACUACUGGAUUUAAUUUGGGUGGACCUGCCCUGGACAAAGAACUACAGAAAUCUCCAGUGCAGACAUCAGGAAGGAGAAUUGCAGGGGGAAAUAUUCUGUGAAAUAACCAAAUAUUUAUUCAAGAAAUAACUAAAUUAGUUGCUUUGCUGGUUCAAAUUUUGGUUUUGGUGUUUUUACUAAUUUUGGACAAAAUAGGAUAGGAUUCAUUAUAUUGAUUUGGUGGGGGCAUGCCAUUAGAAAGUAGCAUACAGUUUUUGGACUUGAUAAGCUUUGAAAAAUUUAUUAAGAAAUUUCAGGAGGAAAGUUG